AUGUUGAUUUUAUUACCUGUUGCUGUUCUAGCAGCAAUCAUUUAUUAUAUUGCUGAAUAUUGGAGAAAAGAAUCAAUAAAACGUAAAUAUGAUUGUCAACCUGUGAAACAAGCACCAUUAGUUACUUGGUAUGAUAUUUUUGGUAUCAAAGCCCUUAUUGAUAAUAGUAAUUUAACUAAAAGUGGAUAUUUUUAUCAAGAUAUUCAAAGGAAACUUGAUAGUCUUGAUACAACAACUCUUAAAACUACUGCUUUGGGGAAAAAUCAAAUCAUUACUAUUGAACCAGAAAAUUUCCGUACUAUGUGUAGUAGUGCUGAUUUAAAUAAUUGGACUAUUGGUACUAGACCAAUAGCUUUAAAACCAUUAUUAGGUAAUGGGAUUUUUUCAAGUGAAGGAGAAAGUUGGAAACAUAGUCGAAUUAUGUUAAGACCAAUUUUUGCUAAAGAACAUAUUAAACAAAUCACAGCUAUGGAAUCAUAUAUUCAACUGUUAAUUAAAGUGAUUAAAAUUCAACAACAGCAACAAGAAGAAUUUGAUUUACAACAUUUAUUCCAUUGUUUUACUAUUGAUUAUGCUACUGAUUUUUUAUUUGGAGAAAGUUGUGAUUGUUUGAAACUGAUUCUUGGUGAAACAUCAAUUUCUACCAUGAGUGAAAAAGAAAAAUCAAAAUUUGCUCCAAAUUUCGAUAUUAUGCAAUAUCAUAUGACGAAAAGAUUAGUAUUUGGUUAUUUUUCAUUUUUAAUUAAUCCACCAGAAUUUCAAAAUGCUGUGAAACAUUUACAUGAAUUUGUUUUCCAUUUUGUUGAUCGAGCAAUUAAUUUUACUGAUGAAGAAUUAAAUGAUCCAAGUAAAAAUUAUGUUUUCCUUUAUCAAUUAGCUAAACAAACAAAAGAUCGUAAAGUGAUUUUAGAUGAAUUAUUAAGUGUAUUAUUAGCAGGAAGAAAUACUACUGCUAGUUUAUUAUCAUUUAUGUUUUUCGAAUUGGCUCAAAAUAAACCCGUUUGGAAUAAAUUGAAACAAGAAAUCAAUCAACAUUUCCCUGAUGUUGAAUCAAUUACUUUUGAUACCAUUAAUAAUUGUGAAUAUUUACGUUGGUGUAUUCAUGAAUCCUUAAGAAUUAAUCCUCCAGUACCAAUUAAUACUAGAACCGCUAAUAAAGAUACCGUGCUACCAAAAGGUGGAGGUAAAGGUAAUAAUUAUCCUAUUUUUGUUAGAAAGGGAGAACAAGUUAUAUUCCCGUUAUUUUCAAGUAAUCGUCAAGAAAGAUUUUUUGGACCUGAACCAGAGAAAUAUAUUCCUGAAAGAUGGGCUAAUUUACCUAGAAAUGGAGGUAUUGCUUUUGGGCCAUUUGGAACUGGUCCAAGAUUAUGUUUAGGUCAACAACUUGCUUUAGUUGAAGCAAGUUAUGUUACUAUUAGACUUUUACAAACAUUUUCGGAAUUGGAUUCAAAUCAUACUGAAUGUAGAAGACUGGUUGGCGCUACCAUGAGAUUAAUGGAUGGAUGCCAAGUUACUUUAAAAUGA